AUGGAGACAUCCGCUUCGCCUUCCGCUCAAGUACUCUUGACCACGAUAAGAGGCCACACUGCAGCCAUUCCCAUUUCCUCAGUCUUGUCGAAAGGCUGGGAACGUAUGCUGCAGGCUGCCUAUCAACGAGAUGGUCAAUUCCGACAAGCCACCAAACAUCGCUUCACUUCUGGAGAACUCUCCACCACUUUCAGAAAACACCGCAUUUCCAAAAUAAAUCAUUAUGCAUGUUCUUGCAAACCACCAACAGUUACCUUUUGUCAUCAAGGGCGGCCUCUCUCCUUGCAAAAGUUGAACGACUUGCUCCGGACACAUCAGACUCAAAAUGAAGCCUUGUAUUUGAGUAUGAAGGUUCCCAUUCGUGGGGGUAUUGAUAGACAGAAUCGCGUAGGAUCCAAGUUUGGCGGAGGUGGUGUAUCAUCCGGCCAACAGUCUGAACGAGAACGCAAGGAGCGACUGAGGCAAUUGGCCAUGGAGUCCAUUGAUCUGGCUAAGGAUCCAUAUCUGAUGAGGAAUCACUUGGGAACCUAUGAAUGUAAAUUGUGUUUGACCAUUCACCCCAAUGAAGCCAACUAUUUGUCGCACACACAGGGCAAGAAGCAUCAACAAGGAUUGGCCAAACGAGCGCAUAUGGAAAAGCUGGCAAAGGAGCGGGAAGAACAAACCACUGGUCCAGUCACCGCCAAGCCAGCGGCAGCUCCGGCGCCCAAGAAACCACGUAUUGGAAGACCAGCAUAUCAGGUUUUCAAGAGUCGAGAAGGAGAGACGAAUCAACGCUGUUUGAGUUUUGAGUUGAGCUUUCCUGAGAUUGCCGACGAUUUGCAACCAAGACACAGGUUCAUGAGUGCCUUUGAGCAGCGAGUAGAGUCCCCACCAGAUCGUCGAUACCAAUACCUACUAUUUGCAGCUGAUCCAUACGAGACUGUCGCCUUUAAGGUCCCAAACGAACCGAUUGAUAAGGAACCAGGGCGGUUUGUCACUCAUUGGGAUCCAGAAGAGAAGAAGUUUACAUUGACCAUGUAUUUCCAGAAGGAUCAACAAGAAGAAGAGGCUGUGGCAGCCAAGAAGUAA